GAACGCCUUUGUGCGGCGGACAAAUGGGGAGAGGAGGAGGAGGAGGUGGGUACUUCUGCGACGUAAGAUCCACAUCAGCUCAACUCCACUCACAUCCCAGCCGCACUUCCUCACUUUCUCAACUGUCUCGCCCCACACCGCUCCCUGCCUCCUUUUUGGCUGGUUAUAGAGCAGAAUUCAGCACCCCCCGCCCCUCCUGAGAGCUGGCUUCCUGCUAGGUCGGGUUUUCGGGCUCUUUUCGUACUGCCCGUCGCUCGCUUGCAAGAAGGCUGGAUGGUUACACCGGGCAGGUUGGCUCCAUAAUGUUAGGGACUGUGAAAAUGGAAGGGCAUGAAACCAGCGACUGGAACAGCUACUACGCCGACACUCAGGAGGCCUAUUCCUCGGUGCCCGUGAGCAACAUGAACUCGGGGCUGGGCUCCAUGAACACCAUGAACACCUACAUGACCAUGAACACCAUGACGACAAGCGGCAACAUGACCUCCAGCUCCUUCAACAUGUCCUACGCCAACACGGGGCUGGGGGCUGGGCUGAGUCCCGGCGCCGUGGCCGGCAUGCCGGCAGGCUCGGCGGGGCCCGUGAACGGCAUGCCGGCCGGCGUGGCCGCCAUGGGCACGGCGCUGAGCCCCGGUGGCAUCAACGCCAUGUCUGCCCAGCCGGCCCCCAUGAACGGGCUGAGCCCCUACGGCGGCAUGAACCCCUGCAUGAGCCCCAUGGCCUACACCCAGUCCAACCUCGGCAGGACGCGGGACGCUAAGUCCUUCAAGCGGACCUAUCCCCACGCCAAGCCGCCCUACUCCUACAUCUCCCUCAUCACCAUGGCCAUCCAGCAGGCACCUAGCAAGAUGCUGACGCUGAGUGAGAUCUACCAGUGGAUCAUGGACCUUUUCCCCUACUACCGACAGAACCAGCAGCGCUGGCAGAACAGCAUCCGCCACUCACUCUCUUUCAAUGACUGUUUUGUCAAGGUGGCCCGGUCCCCCGACAAGCCCGGCAAGGGCUCCUAUUGGACCCUGCACCCCGACUCCGGCAACAUGUUUGAAAACGGCUGUUACCUCCGCCGGCAAAAGCGCUUCAAGUGCGAGAAGCCGGCGAACAGUAAAGCCACUCAGGAGGGCAGGAAAGAUCAGGCCGGGGCCUCUAAUUCAAGCUCCAACUCCCCCCUGCACAGAGGCCACAACAAACCUGCGCAGCUGGAUACGGCCACCUCUCUGUCCAGCUCCAACCCGUCCACCAGCCCUCAGUCUAUGGACCACAGUGGAUCAAGCACGGAGCUAAAGACCUCGGCCUCAGCUGCCUCCUCCACCAUCAGCUCUGUGCCCACCUUGGCCUCCGUCCCACAUCCCCCUCACUCAUUAGCCCACGAACCCCAGCUCCACCUCAAGGGUGAUCCCCACUACUCCUUCAACCACCCGUUUUCCAUCAACAACCUCAUGUCGUCCUCGGAGCAGCAGCACAAGCUGGACUUCAAAGCCUACGAGCAGGCGCUGCAAUAUUCCUCUUACGGGGCCAGCAUCCCCGGCGGGCUGCCCCUUGGCAGCGCCUCCAUGGCUGGCCGGAGCAGCAUCGAGCCCUCGGCCCUAGAGCCCUCCUACUACCAAGGUGUGUAUUCCAGACCCGUGCUAAACACCUCCUAGCUGUGCAACCCCCGCCGCUGGGGCCGAGACCCCUCCUCCCCUUCCUGGCUUCUCUCCCCGCUUUCCCUGAGACAGACCAAGGUGUUUCCGCACGCUGAGUGCAAAGGACUGUUACUUUUUAAUUGUCUCGCAACGCGUUGUGUGUUGUUAUGAUCCACCACGACCUCCUGCAAAGCCGGCCGCGUCCCGCUUGUACAUACUCCCUCCGGUCCCUGCCGCCCAGCCCCUCUCCCCGGAGACCUCCCCAGCCUAUGCAGGGUGUUAUUAACAAGAAGAAAAAAAUGUUGAGCGUGUAAACUACUUGUUUGUGCUUUUCGCCCCCUCGUCUCCCUCCCUUAUGUGUUCUAUAAUCACAUGUAAGUUUACAGGUAUGUGGCAAUACUUUAACAAUACAGAGAUGAAGAAGCAAGUAGACAUUUAAGACUUUUUUUUAAUUAAAAAGGCUUUGAAGGACAAUACUGCUGUGAAGUAGCAAAACACUAAGAGAAUCUCUAAGCAACAAGAGAACUAUUUACUUUCUCGGAUCAUCCUUUUGAUACUUGCAAAAUAAACCUUCGGCUACUACAACCCACAUAAAACCCAGAUGCUGCGGGCCGGAUCCUGCACUCCCGAGGGAACCAACUGGAGCUUUGGAGUGCAGGAUUCGACCCUUAUCUUUUUCCAAGUGUUACCUGUUUUUGGGAUGUAAUAUAAAGUUACAAGAGGUCACAGCCAGUUGGAUCUUUUUUUUUUUUUCCUUCCCAUCUGUUACUGAAGAUUCUAGUUCAUCAGGAACUCUCAUCAACAUGUGGAUGGCAUACUUAUUUAAUUUAAGUGUAUUCAUUGUGUAUCAGCUAGAACUGUGUAUCUAUAACCAGGUUAUUUUCCCCCUCCCCUAGGAAACAUUGACUACUACACUGAUGCAAGGAAAAGAGGACAGUUCUGUCUCUCCCCCCUUUUCAAACUUGUCUAAUAAAUUUUUUUUGUGGCCGUUUAAUUAUCGCCAUGGUUAGCUUAUUUCAUCCAGUGUUAUUGCACUUUCCACAGUUUUACACGGUGUUAGCAUAGCCAGACGGGUUUUAUUAUUAUUCCUGUUCGCUGUUUCAAUGUUCUUAAUUUAUUGCAUGGUUUAUAUUGUUUUCUUUCUUUACAGCUGAAAAUUGCUUUAAAUGACCGUAAAAAAAAUAAUUACACGUGAAUUUAAGAAAUUUUGUUAAUUUUAUAAAUGUGAUUGUAAUUGAAAAAAUAUUUUGAUUUAAAACGAUAACUGAGAAUUUAAUGCGUGAAGUAUGUUUUUGAUCAUUUGCAGUUAAGGACUUUAAAUAAAUCAAAUGUUAUCAAUGAAAUACUUCUGCUAUUUUCUUACAAAAUUUCUGGGGCGGAUUAUGGAGGACAGAGCCGUGUUCAAGAAAAUCAAAACAUAAUGCUUAAGUGUGAAUGUGAAGAGGAAAGAUCUGUACGGCCAGGCUUGUGCAGAGGGAAGGCGGGGGACGCUCCCGCAGGGUAUGCUUGUGGGGCGCUGCGAUGCCACCGGCCUUUGAAGCUGAGUGUGUGGUAAUGUCCUUUAUUUUUUUUUUUUUUUUUUCCCCUAAUUCACAGAUCUGGGACAUGUUGAGGGAUGGCGGGAAAAGCCACCCGAGGCGAUGUAACCUCCUGGGUGUUUUGCGGCCAGGGUUGCCGGGGCGGCGGCAGCCAGGCUCGGCGUUUCUCCGCCGGACGGGACGACGCCCACGGGGAGCAUCCCCAGGGCUGCUCCACGCCGCCCCGGGCCGCUGGAAAGGCCCAGAUCCCACUUUGUAGUUCCGUCUCGGAACCAUCUGUCGGAACGACACCGUGAGCCGCGCUGGAGAGCUCUGGUCCCCAGCGAUAGACUUUGUCGGGGGAGGGGAGUUUAAGUGUGAACGGAUUUCACUGUGUCGAGCCCUGUUCGUGCACGGCCGCCAGAUAAAAGAACUGUGUAAUUCUCGUAAUUAUCACAUAAUUGCCCCCUGACGGGUUAGGGACAGCGGCCACAAACUAAAUUAAGGUUCGACUUAGAAAAGAAAAGCCACGCCAGCGUCCCAGAAAUCUCAAACAUUCCUCCAACACUACUACCCAGCUAAAAACGGGAGGGAAAAAAGAGUCUUGGGAGUGCCCCUCUGCUUUGCAAGCGUGGCCGGAUCCGCGGUGAUGCCGCUCGGAGAUGCGCGCACGGCUCUCCGGGUGACACGGAGCAGUCUCCCGCGUCGUGCUGUGCGGGUGCUCUUGGUCGGGCGGGCAUUUACCGCAGGUCCUCCCCCGGCUGCCGACUGCGAGUCCUGCAGCGCGGGGGAGGGGGUUCUGUCCCCGUCGCCGUGUGCGGCCGGUUACCCCAUGGCCCGACUGUGUGGCACCUUCGCUUCUGAAUGUCCCGAAAUGGCAAACAUCAGCAGACCCCCCGCAGGCAGGGGCAGCUCGGGGCUGCCCGGCACCAGGUCUGGGCAGGCGGAUCCUAUUUAAAGACCCGCUUCUUCUGCCAAGAGGAGCUUCGUGAGAAUCGAGACAGGACGAAGCCAAUUUUCUGCAGGACUUCACUUGUCUCCCACAGACUAGUCUAUAGAGAAUAUGCCAUUGCAGAGUGGAGACAUUGAUUUAAUGCCUUGGGCUUAUACACGGAAAAUAUCAAUCGACUGACAGCGAUAAGGCAGCAAGUUUCACAUAUCAGCUGAAGAGCACAGACCGUGUGUAAUGGAAAUAUUUGGGGCGUGGGUAAUAAAAGGGUUUAAGCGGACCGACGCGGCUCCAAACCUCUCAGAGAUAAGGAGCGGAGCCUGUCACGGAUGCAGCGUGUGCCCUUUCGCCACUCGCCAUCAAGAUUAUAUUCCUCCCCUUUCUUCUCGUAGGCAAAUGGUGUCUGCGGUGGGGAACGAGCCACUGACAAGACAGGGAUGCAGCUCAUGUUAAAAACGCGUGUCCCUGGCGCAAAGCACGCAGCAUUCUGUGAUCAGUUUUAAGACUUGGAAAUCAACAGCAGGGCGAAGAGUCCCGUUUUACCUUCCGCUCCUAGCUGCCCUGCUGCUGCUGCUUUAAUCCUGUGCUCGGGGAACCCCAGACAGAGGGCAAAUAUAAACUAAAAAUGGGAUCUACAAGAAGAGGGUGCAUCCCCCCGCCCCACAAUAUGUAGAGAGGAGUUUGCGAGCGUCUCCUUCCAGGCGGACCCGUCCCUCUGUGCUAGAAGGGAAGGAGCGGGCGGGCGCGGGGCUUUUGCUCCUGUCAGAGAUGGUGUCUUAGCCCCGCGUCCGGGACAGAGGCAAAGCGGGAGCCCGCCGGGCUUCAGGUUCCAGGCUCCGACCGACACCUCAAUUUAUAGGGGAACUUCGUCUUUUCCUGUUCGGCAAAUUACCUCCGACCGGCCACGUGCGGGGGAGCGAAAACGGCUCAUUUAGCGUCAUUAAACACAAGCGGGGAGUAAAUCGGGGCGGCGGGGGAUCUCUGUAAAGAUUUACGCGGAGUCUGGGCGGUGAGGAGGCCCCCGGCCCGGGACGAGGGGGAGAUGCUGGGUGUGCCGGCGGGGCAGGGGCUCUCGAGGCGACGCGGCGGGGACCCUGCAGCCGGGGACGAGGGGACGUGGAAGGGUCCCCUGGCGCAGCGGAGCCCUCCUCUGCCGCGGGGUCCGACAGUACCGAGCCCCCCGGCAAGAGGGCACGAUGCCCCUGAGCCCCCCAUCCGCGGCACCUCCUAGGAGCACCUGCGAGCAGCACCUGCCCUUCGCAGAAGGGAAGAGUAGGUGGAAUAAAAGCAACUUCAGCCGCCCAAGUCAAGUGGGAGAAAUAAAACAAGUAACUGCUGGGUUGUUUCCUGGGUGUGAAUGGACAACACUGACAUCUACAUCGGCAAGCAGUCUGAGGAUAUACAUUAUUUUGAAGGAAUAAUUCCAAAUGUUCGGGACUGCUGAAAGACGAGAAAGAAAAUAUUGCCGGACAGUUUUUCUUUGAAUCCUAUUCGUGUCAAUAAACCAUAAGUAAAUCGUGAGAGAACGCUGCGAGAAAACACUUCAGCCAUUGGCAUAGCUUCAAAAAUUGUUUUGAAAUGGGUUGAGUAGGUAUUGAAAUUGGUCCGUCAGCAUAAACACGAAAUAAAUGAAUUCCCUUGCUAUAACACCAACCAGUCUUUAGAAUAGCCAUUGUCUCGGUUUUUCACAGAAAUGUAAUAGAUAAAACACCUGAUUGCAAUAACAAUGCACUCUGCAUGGUUUCUUUCCUGUUUUGAUGAAACGGAUUCUAGGCAUAUAUCUGUGAGCAUAUGUGUUCAAUCACUCUGAAAAGAACGUUUUAAAAUCAGAGACUUAAUAAAUAAAUAGAUUCCGUGUGCA